AAUCAAAUAUAUAAGAGAGAGUUGGAAUUUAUUAUUUUAUUUCUUUCCUCUUAAUCACCGCCACUUCCGUCGUCUUCGGUGAGCACCUUGCCGCCACCUUAUAUUUUGAGUAAAUUUUUGCAGUUACAAUGGGUGACGCAGUCCUCGAAUUGGUGGGCAUGCCUGGACCAUGGGCUGAGAACGAUUCUGAACCGUCAGACCACUACACCACAAAAAUUGGUGGACUGCCUGACUGGCCGAUUCCGCAGUUGCUCUCCUCAAAACCCCAUCUUCUUCGGUGUGCUAUAUGUGAAAAGGAUCUCUGUCUUGUGGCUCAGGUUUAUGCCCCGAUUUCUGGCAAAAAUUUGAAUAUUGACGAGCGGGUAAUCUAUGUUUUGGGCUGUUUGACGCCCACAUGUGGAAGAAAUCCGUGUAGCUGGCGGGCUAUUCGUGUUCAGAAAUUAAAUCCUACCGACGAGGAAGUAGUACAAGAGACUGCCGUUGCAUCAUCUCCUGUUGCUGGAUGGAAUAAUGAUAUAUGGACGGAAGAGGGGAAUGAUGAAAAUGACGAAGAUAUUGAUUUGGAGGAGUUGGGUGUGGCUCUCUUUGAAGCUGCAAGCGUGGCUUCUUUUUCCAAGAAGCGGCACGCCAAGCCUACUGUGAAGUCUUCACCUUUGAACACCAAGCCUACUGUGAAGUCCUCACCUUUGAGUCCUGGAACUAGGUUGGUUUAUAAUGACACACCAGUGUUGCCUUGUUUUUAUACAUACACUGAGGAAGAGUUAUCCUCAAGGGAAAUAAAGAAAGAACAGACCCAGAAAGCAGUAUCCAACGAGGAGGCUUAUGAGUAUACGGGGGCUUGGAAUGCUGACAGGACUUACUUCAGGUUCAGGAAAUGUCUAGAUGCAUACCCAGAACAAUGUUUCAGAUACUCAUGUGGUGGGAAGCCACUUCUGGCUAUGGAAGAGGUAGAAGACCCAGGGAGAUGCAGGCAUUGUGGGGGUUCAAUGCACUAUGAGAUGCAGUUGACACCUGCACUCUUGUAUUUUCUACAAGAACGAGCUGAUGAUCGUCAAAAACACUCGCUCGAGUACUGGACCUGGCUGACAGUGAUUGUAUUUACUUGUUCUCAAAGCUGUUUUCAUCCCAGUGAUCAAGAGAAGUCGGAUAAUGAAGGCUGGGAAGUAGCAGAGGAGUUCAUUUUCAUACAAUAUGAGAAAACAGUGUAUGAAGCACGUAAUGAGGCUUAUUUUUCCUGAUCAGGAAAGAGAGGAGAAUAAGACAGCAGUAUAUUUAAUUUAAUUAUUAGUUGUUGGAUCAUUAGUUUGGUCUGCUAGUAAUUUCGUGCAGAGAGAAACAAGUUUUUAAAUUUUUUCAUACCAAAUUUGAUGAAUUAUUUGUAAGCCAAUAUAGGGUAUUUCUAUUUCGGUGCAUGUAGCAUGCAUCUUUGUAGACAUGUUUAUUUAAUAAGCUUACGUACAUCUUUU